AUGGGCGUGACCUUCGACAGGCUCGCAGAACUCUGGGACAAAAACACGAUGAUGCUGCUGAGAUGGAAGCCUGGAGAGGGCCGAGGUGAGACCGGCUUGCUCUGGGCGGCAGCAGAAGCCAUGGAACUCGACGCCCUGACCCUCAAGAAGCAGGCUAUGUUCGAGGAGCAGAGGCUUCUGCUGUUCAAGUACGACGCUGGCAAGGACGGAGAGAAAAAACCCGGUGGCACGUCAGUGCAUUCCAAAUGGAAAUCCAGCGUGGCCAGCCCCAAGGGAGACUUGGAGAAGAUUGUCGACGUUGGCUUCCCGGCAGUGUUGAACGUGACUUUGUGCCUUCACGCACAUGCCCACACAGAGAUGGCAAAAGCAAAGGUCAGACAUGAUGCAAGCGAAAAGGGUGAAGAGCCACCGAAAGACACAACUCAUCCAAUGCCCGACGACUUCGUGCAGAUCGUGGGUCCAGCUGCAGAUGCGCAUGAAGCCUACCUGGCUGGCUGCAAUUGGUGGACAGAGACAUUAGAUUCUUUCUACGGGCAUCCUGAUGAGAACCUGACGGAUGCGGAUCCGGAGCAUCAUGCCAGUGCCGAUGAUGAGGAGGGUGCAGAUCUUGCAUGA